CCCAUGUCCUGGUCAUUUUUUUUUUUUUUUGGCCCUCCACAAAGCUUUGAUCUGUGAGUGUCCGUGAUUCAUACCUCGGCGGCAUGUACCGACUGCCGUUAGCAAGGCAGCCUCCUUUAGAUAUUAGAUUACGGUACCAGCACUAGCCCUACUAAGGCAAUGGAUGAAUGGAAACGCCAGUCUGGGUGGCAGGCGCAUCCAAGUAUUACUAGUCCCCAAGUCCCACCUUCGUCCGCCUCUCUUCCUCUCACGGUUGCUGCAUCUCCAGGGAACCUCAAUCUUCCUCGGGAUAAUGGAAUCUUGAGAGGAAGCGCAAAUUGCCUUACGCAGUCCUUUUUUUGCCUUUUUCUUCUUUGCCACUGUGCUCUCUUUUGCUUCAUCGCAAUCGCACCACGCUCUCUUCCCAUCUAUAGCCAAGCAUCGUCAGCCUGUUGUUUGUAUAAUUGCCGUAUAUCCCGUCGACGUCUUACAUUCUUGCAGUCCAUUGUACCGAAUUCUGUUCCGUCAAUCGCUCAGAACGUCUGCGAGUCCCCCUUUGUGCAGUUCCCAUCAAAGACCUACACAGCGCCAGCCAUUGACGAGUGUUACAAAACAUUGCUUCCAACACUCAUUUCCACUUUUCUCUUUCUUCCUCGCCCGUCUCUGAAACAGUCAUUUCUCCACAACUGACAUUCUCACAAUCGCCGACAUUUCAUGGGUCCACCGAGCGUCGUCACAAACAACUCCAGCUUCCCACUCACGUACACACUUACAC